AUGCAAUGUUUCAACGAAGGUCUUUUCACUGAGGCUUUGAAAUUAUCCGAUCGAGCAAUAGAGCUUGAUCCCGAAAACGCGGCUACCAUAGCAAUCGAUCAGCUGCCUUGUCUAAAUUGGGAAAGAUUUGGGAAGCUGUCGAAGAGUGUGAAAAAAUUAGGUCAGGUUAAUAAUGCGAGGAAGCAUUCUUUGAAGGAUACAUCAGAUGACAAGUUUUUGGUUAUGCUUAAACAAGUAGAAACGCACUUGCACAUAUGCGCAUAUGCAAGAAGACGCGAUGCAUGGGUCGCUGUUUUACAAGAAGCACAUGCAGCUAUGGUAUCUGGAGCUAAUUUGUCUCCUCAGCUAGCUAUGUGUAAAGUUGAAGCACUACUGAAACUCCAACAGCUUCAUGAUGCUGAAUAUGAACUAGCACUUGUCCCCAAAGUAGAACCGUUCCCAGCUUCUUUCUCACAAACUCACUGGAAAAAUGGGCUGAAGCAGUGA